GCCGGGUUACUGUAGCGCAGUUGGGAACCAUGCUGGACGCGAGCGGCCGGAGCCGAGCGGCGUGGACGCGGGUGCUGCUGCAGCUGCUGCAGCUGCUGCUGCUGCUAGCCGGGCCCGGGGCGUGCCUGAGCCGCCAGGAGCUCUUUCCUUUCGGCCCCGGUCAGGGGGACCUGGAGCUGGAGGCCGGCGACGACGUGGUGUCCCCCGCGCUGGAGCUGCUCGGGGAGCUGCGCCUCUACGACCAGUCGGACAUCACCUCGGUCUAUGUCACCACAAAUGGCAUCAUUGCUAUGAGUGAACCCCCCGCCAGAGAAUCCCAUCCUGGAGUCUUCCCACCCACCUUCGGCUCAGUGGCACCUUUCCUGGCUGACUUGGAUACAACAGAUGGCCUUGGGAACGUGUAUUACCGAGAAGAUUUGUCCCCCUCCAUCAGUCAGCUGGCAGCGGAGUAUAUCCAGAGGGGGUUCCCAGAGGUCUCUUUCCAGCCCAGUAGUGUGGUGGUUGUCACUUGGGAAUCCGUAGCCCCCUACCAAGGGCCCAGCGGGAGCCCUGCCCAGGAAGGCCAGAGAAAUACGUUCCAGGCUGUCCUGGCCUCCUCGAAUUCCAGCUCCUAUGCUAUUUUCCUUUACCCUGAAGAUGGUCUUCAGUUCUCUACAACAUUCUCCAAGAAGGAAGGAAACCAAGUGCCGGCCAUAGUUGGGUUCAGUCAAGGUCUAGUGGGAUUCCUAUGGAGGACUGAUGGAGCGUACAACGUCUUUGCCAAUGACAGAGAAUCGAUUGAGAAUUUGGCCAAGAGCAGCAACUCGGGGCACCAGGGCAUGUGGGUGUUCGAGAUUGGGAGCUCAGCCACAGCCUCCGGCGUGGUGCCUGCAGACGUGAACAUGAGUCCUGAAGAUGAUGGAGCAGACUAUGAGGAAGAUGAAGAUUAUGACCUGGUCACCCCUCAUCUGGGCCUGGAUGAUGUGGGCACCUCCUCCUUCCCCUACCACAGCCCUAGAAGGGGAGAUGCUGACUCACACAACGUGCCCAGGGUUCUCUCCCCUAGUCACCAGGCUACGGAGAGACCCCAGGGAACACCCACCGGGAGAACCAGGUCCUUCCAGUUGCCAGUGGAGAGGUUCCCCCAGCAGCAUGCCCAGGUCAUUGAUGUGGAUGAAGUGGAAGAAACAGAAGUUGUGUUCAGCUACAACACAGAUUCCCGGCAGACGUGUGCGAACAACAGGCACCAAUGCUCAGUGCACGCAGAGUGCAGAGACUACGCCACUGGCUUCUGCUGCAGGUGCGUGACGGGCUACACAGGCAACGGCAGGCAGUGUGUGGCAGAAGGCUCUCCACAGCGUGUCAACGGCAAGGUGAAGGGAAGGAUCUUCGUGGGAAACAGCCAGGUCCCUGUGGUCUUUGAGAACACUGACCUGCACUCCUAUGUGGUGAUGAACCAUGGACGCUCUUACACGGCCAUCAGCACCAUCCCCGAAACCGUUGGGUAUUCUCUGCUUCCCCUGGCUCCCAUCGGAGGCAUCAUUGGAUGGAUGUUUGCAGUGGAGCAGGACGGGUUCAAGAACGGGUUCAGCAUCACUGGGGGAGAGUUCACUCGCCAGGCUGAGGUGACCUUCGUGGGGCAUCCAGGCAAGCUGGUAAUGAAGCAGCAGUUCAGCGGCAUUGAUGAACACGGACACCUGACCAUCGACACAGAGCUGGACGGCCGUGUGCCGCAGAUCCCCUUCGGCGCCUCAGUGCACAUUGAGCCUUACACAGAACUGUACCACUACUCCAGCUCCGUGAUCACCUCCUCCUCCACCCGGGAGUACACAGUGACAGAGCCCGGGCGGGAUGGAGCUGCACCCUCACUUACCUACACUUACCAGUGGCGCCAGACCAUCACCUUCCAAGAGUGUGUCCAUGAUGACUCCAGACCAGCCCUGCCCAGCACCCAGCAGCUCUCCGUGGACAGUGUGUUUGUCCUGUACAAUCAAGAGGAGAGAAUCUUACGCUACGCCCUCAGCAACUCCAUUGGGCCUGUGAGGGAUGGCUCCCCUGAUGCUCUUCAGAAUCCAUGCUACAUUGGCACCCAUGGGUGUGAUACCAACGCUGCCUGUCGCCCGGGCUCUGGAACACAGUUCACCUGCGAGUGCUCCAUUGGCUUCCAAGGAGAUGGGCAGACCUGCUACGAUAUUGACGAAUGUUCAGAACAGCCUACCGUGUGUGGGAGCCAUGCAGUCUGCAACAAUCUCCCUGGAACCUUCCGCUGUGAGUGUGUGGAGGGCUACCGCUUUUCAGAUGGGGGAGCAUGUGUGGCUGUGGUGGACCAGCGGCCCAUCAACUACUGUACAGCUGGUCUCCACGACUGUGACAUUCCCCAGCGGGCCCAGUGCGUCUACACCGGAGGCUCCUCCUAUACCUGUUCCUGUCUGCCUGGCUUCUCUGGCGAUGGCCGAGCCUGUCAAGAUGUGGACGAAUGCCAAGCUAGUCGAUGUCACCCUGACGCCUUCUGCUACAAUACACCAGGCUCCUUCACGUGCCAAUGCAGACCUGGCUAUCAGGGAGAUGGCUUCCGAUGUCUGCCUGGAGAGGUGGAGAAAACCCGGUGCCAACAGGAGCGAGAGCACAUCCUUGGAGCAGCAGGGGCAGCAGAUGCACAGCAGCCCAGGCUCCUGGGCAUGUUUGUACCCCAGUGUGAUGAGCACGGACAGUAUCUACCCACCCAGUGCCACAGCAGCACCGGGUACUGCUGGUGUGUUGACCGCGAUGGUCGCAAGCUAGAGGGCACCAGCACCCCACCCGGGAUGAGGCCGCCGUGUCUGAGCACCGUGGCUCCUCCAGUUCACCAGGGACCUGCACUGCCUACUGCUGUCAACCCCCUGCCCCCAGGGACCCACUUACUGUUUGCCCAGACUGGGAAGAUUGAACGCCUCCCGCUGGAGGGCAACAACAUGAAGAAGACAGAAGCCAAGGCCUUGCUCCAUGUCCCUGCAAAAGUCAUCAUUGGACUGGCCUUUGACUGUGUAGACAAGGUGGUUUACUGGACGGACAUCAGUGAGCCUUCCAUUGGGAGAGCCAGCCUGCACAGUGGAGAGCCUACCACCAUCAUUCGACAAGAUCUUGGAAGCCCAGAAGGCAUCGCCCUCGACCACCUUGGCCGCAACAUCUUCUGGACAGAUUCUCAUCUGGAUCGAAUAGAAGUUGCAAAGAUGGAUGGCACACAGCGCCGGGUGCUGUUUGAUACAGAUUUGGUGAAUCCCAGAAGCAUUGUAACGGACUCCGUGAGAGGGAACCUUUAUUGGACAGACUGGAACAGAGAUAAUCCAAAAAUUGAAACUUCGUACAUGGAUGGCACCAACCGGAGGAUUCUCGCUCAGGACAACCUGGGCCUGCCGAAUGGCCUGACCUUUGAUGCGUUUUCAUCUCAGCUCUGCUGGGUGGAUGCAGGCACCCAUAGGGCAGAAUGCCUAAACCCUGCUCAGCCCGGCCGACGCAAGGUUCUUGAAGGACUCCAGUAUCCUUUCGCUGUGACAAGCUACGGGAAGAAUCUGUACUACACAGACUGGAAGACGAAUUCAGUGAUUGCUGUUGACCUUGCUAUUUCCAAAGAGAUGGAUACCUUCCACCCCCACAAGCAGACCCGGCCAUAUGGGAUCACCACUGCCUUGUCCCAGUGUCCCCAAGGUCACAACUACUGCUCUGUGAAUAAUGGCGGCUGUACCCACCUCUGCUUGGCCACCCCAGGGAGCAGAACCUGCCGAUGCCCCGACAACACUCUGGGCGUUGACUGCAUUGAGCGGAAAUAAAGAAAGGAAUGCCUUGCUCCCUCUCCAAGAAUUUCACAGUAACACUCUACUUAAAAUGACUUGAUAUGGACUGAAAAUUGUCCUGCAGUGGCGUGACCAUUAGGUCCAGGUCUAGCCCAGCCUGAGCCCCAACAACUUCCCCUCACUCUUCCCCCAAAACGAUCACCCUGGACUCCAGUAAUGGGAAAGUCUCUACCCCUACCCGAGAGCAGGAACCACACACACAUACACAUACCUUGACCCCAGUCCUCAGACAAGAUAAUAGAGUUCUGAGUGAAAAGCCAGAUGUGAUGAUACAUGCCUGUAUUUCCAACAUUUAGGAGGUGGAGGCAGGAUCAGGAGUUUAAGACUAACCUCAGCUUAGGCAAACUGUGAGUCAUUCCUUUUCUUUCGGUGCUCUGAUUUCUGUCUUUAUGCACCCAUCUAACUCCCCUCCUUUUCUGUCCUACUUCUUCCUGCCCAAGACUCUGACUGCGUGAGCAUGCACUGCCAUGUAACCAGAGCCAACUCCUAUCCUAGGGCUUCAUGGUAUUUGAUGGAUGGUGAUACGCAGCCCCUCCAGAUUAAAAAUACUGGCAUUUCAGCAGCAGCCAUUGGUAAUUAAAUGUGUAAGUCAAGGAAAUGUCUUAUGAGAGGAAUUUCAGGAUGUAGAGUCAAGAUGUUUGAGGAUGGGGAUGAUUAUUUUGAUGUGCCUUAAACUGUAACCGUGAUUACCAAAUUAUUUGUCUUAGCUAAAGCACCUACAUCAGAAUCUAGUCUCUGAUGCUACAUGAGACUUCAGCCCCACUCCUGGUACCACUUUCCAAGUCUCUUUGUGGAGACCCCUCUGGGUCCCAGGCUGGGGCUUGGACCAAGUAAUUAUGCUUUCUAGUGCCUCUGGCCUCAGCUCCUGAGAACCAGUGUCCUCUCAACCAUGAACUUGCUUCUUUUUUCUCCCUCUCUCUGUGGCCCUUGCAAGACACUCACCUGAAAACACAAUCUAGGAAGAGCUGAGUACUUCUACUAGUGGUCCAGACCCUUAAUUGCUCAUGGUGUAGUUCAAGGGACCAUUGCUGCCUUUCCUCUUUCUGUCUGCCUUUGUUUCAAAAACAUCUCCUGACCAUGUGAGUAGCUACACCUCUCUCUUUUUUUCAUCUGCUUCUUUUGUUCAUCUUUCUAGAAUAGAAAUUUUGGAUUGAAAGUCAAGCAUUAGAAGUUUUAAGUCAGCACAGCACAGAGCAAGGGAGUGGACAGUUCAGAGGGAACUCUCACAGAGAGAUGGGUAUGGAUAAACAGGAAUGGAAAACCCAAGAGGAAAAGAUGGCAGAGGGGCUUAGGGACAGCAAUAACCAAAACCCUUAAAUAACUCCAUAGAAAAAUGGCACAUUUUGCCAAAGGGCACUUGGCCCUGAGGACAUAGAAGAAUUUGUCUGAUGUUUUUCUUGUGGGGAGAAGGCUUCCUUUUCUUCCAGCUUUAUCAUAUAUAACUCCCCAACCCCAGCUCCUCCUACCUCCUCUCACCUGCUUCCAUUGGCCCCAGGGGACCUGAAUCAGGGGGGAGUCGCUCCUUAAAUAAUUGGAGUCUGGAGAGAACUACCAUAUCCCCAAGAAUCACAGGGUUUAAGGAACAUGUGAGUCUUCUGUGCAGCCCAGCCCCAUAAAGUAGGCUCCGUUUCUUUCUUUUUAGAAAUUUGUCAUUUGUCAAAGCCCACUGUCAUGUUCAUCAUGAUGUUGUACAACUUUUAUAACUUUUAUUCAUUUUACUAGAUUCUUUCUAAAAUGUUUUAUAUGGUAAAUUCUUCAACUGUGGAAACCUGAAGGUGCUUAUUAACAGUUCUCUGGAUUUAUACAAGUAUCGGAUGAUUCCUUGAGUUUACAGCUGUAUGAAUAUAAGUACAGAAAAUUAAAAAAAAACAACUGUUAAAAUCUU